AUGCCAGCCAGUCCAUUCUUUCUCGAGUCCCCCAUUCCUCCGCAACUCGAUCUGGCCGGCGCUCCAUCACAGCUAUUCCAAGUUCCGCCCACCCCGUCAGCCUCAUCAGCUUUAUAUCGCUCGAUCUCUAUCCCCAACCGCAAGAGAUCCCGUCUAGAAGUUGAUCGUCGUCCUUGGCUGGAUGUCGACACCCCCUCUAAUCAUGUUGCCUCUGUGAUCUCUCCCGACGAUCUUCUCCUCGGCGUGGAGGAUACCUCCGUCGAUCACGUCUAUCGCCCCAACCGUUAUCGCAAACCUCGGUCUCUCGCACUCGAUGACAGUGUCGAAUCUCUUAGCGAAACCGUGGAUAUUCGCCGUAAACGCAGCCGCUGGGACCCGUCCUUGAUCGAGGCCUCUCCGACCGGUCACGAUGAAAAAAUGACGAUCACGACCAUGACCCCAACUACGACCACGGCUCCUGCCGUCGUUCCUCCUGUUGAUUACCCACAGCCUGCUCCCGUUCGCUGGAGUCGAGCUGUGCUCGGUGUGGUUGGCAAAGUCUGGGACUUUUGUUGGAGCGGAGCUUUCCGAGGGUUUUAUGCAGGCGGUGGGCAAGGCUAUACUAUGACGGCGGAGGAUGCACAGCCCCAGCUGGCAUCCCCAUCGAUCGAGAAGGAAAGCAUUUCCACUUCUCAGCGGCAACAGGGUUCCUCGAGCCCUUUCCCGGGACAAUAUCCAGAAGAUGAUCUCAAGCACAGUUGGGUCUUCGUGUCCGCGCGCGAGGAGUUUAUGGACGAAGCCAGCCCUUCUCAGCGCAGACGAGUCCACCGGCGGACCCCAGCACAUACCCACUCCCGUCGGCGGUCGCAGGGCAAGCGAACGCUGAUUUCGCAUGCGCCGUCUAUGCCGACGAAAUUGCAAUUUUCAUCGCCAGCCAAGCCGCGGGAGAGCCCCGUGUCUGUGGAGACGCAGCGCUACAUGGCUCAAAAGCGUCGCAUGGAGCGCGAGGAGGAUGCCAGCCUUGCCCGGUUGAACCGGCAGCUACAGGCAAUGAUCAAGGAAGGGAAACAGGCACUGGGGACCCGCGUGGAAGUGGACGACUUAGAUAUGGAGGAUUAG